AUGAUCUUUAGUUCCAUAUCAUUUUUGAUCGAGGCCUAUCGUAUAUUACUUGAAUGUAUCCAAACGAAAUGUUUAACUACUACUACUACUACUACUACUACUACUACUACUACUACUACUACUACUACUACUACUACUACUACUACUACUACUACUACUACUACUACUACUACUACUACUACUACUACUACUACUACUACUACUACUACUACUACUACUACUACUACUACUACUACUACUACUACUACUACUACUACUACUACUACUACUACUACUACUACUACUACUACUACUACUACUACUACUACUACUACUACUACUACUACUACUACUACUACUACUACUACUACUACUACUACUACUACUACUACUACUACUACUACUACUACUACUACUACUACUACUACUACUACUACUACUACUACUACUACUACUACUACUACUACUACUACUACUACUACUACUACUACUACUACUACUACUACUACUACUACUACUACUACUACUACUACUACUACUACUACUACUACUACUACUACUACUACUACUACUACUACUCUACUACUACUACUACUACUACUACUACUACUACUACUACUACUACUACUACUACUACUACUACUACUACUACUACUACUACUACUACUACUACUACUACUACUACUACUACUACUACUACUACUACUACUACUACUACUACUACUACUACUACUACUACUACUACUACUACUACUACUACUACUACUACUACUACUACUACUACUACUACUACUACUACUACUACUACUACUACUACUACUACUACUACUACUAGGUAUCUCGAAGUAUAAUAGUAAAAUAUAA